AUGCUUCGCGUCUCGACUGAACACGCUCGCAAGAUGACGACGGUCGGCCCAGAGGAGCUGAAGAGUCGCCCGCUGCACUCGGAAGGGCCCACGCGAGUAGUAUGGGCAGCAGAUGGCUCCAAGCUCUUCUCGGGCGGCGUCGACCACAUGAUUCGAGUCCAAGACGGCGCGGUCAAGGAGGAGUACAUCGAAGAGCCUGCACUGAUCGAGCCCGGCGACGCUGUUCACACCAUCCACGCUUCUUAUGACCACCUCGUCACCGGCUGCGACGAUGGCGUUGCAAGGAUCUACGACAUCAAGACGAAUCUGGAGAUUGGCAUGCUCGCGCGCAUGAACACCGGUGCACCCGUACGAAGCCUAAAGCUAGGACUGUCGGGCACUAAAUGUGCAAUAGGCUCGGAUGACAUGAUGAUCAAGAUCAUCGACGUUCGCGAUGUCACCAUCAUCCAGCAAUUCACAGGGCACGAGAAACCUGUCCGCGAUGUCAGCUGGUCGCCAGAUGGCAGUCUGCUGAUCACAUCUUCGAGCGAUGGCACUGUGCGGGUCUGGGAUGUCGCAAACUCACCGGAAGAUCCAAGAUGCGUGCAUACCUUUGAAGGUCUUAUCACAAAGGCGUUGCCAGAAGAUUCCACUGCCUCUGUGGAGGCCGUGUGGCAUCCGAGUGGGCAAUACUUUGUCAUCAGCAACAAGACUCAUGACAUCACCGUCGUCACGCGCGACUCUUGGGACUGUAAGCCCGGCUUCACAGAGCAGGGACAUUCGACCGCUGUUUGCGCAUUAGCCUGGUCUGCGAAUGGCAAUUAUCUGGCGUCCGCGAGCAACAACGAAGUCAUCAUCUGGGAUUCGUCAUUGCGCAAGCCAGUGCUGAGAACAAAGUUCGCGGGAGAAGACGAGAUUGUGACCUCGCUCGCAUGGAGGCCUGGUCAAGGAGCGAAUACACUAGCUAUUGCCGAUCAGACGGGUCAGAUCAAACGCUGGGACAAUCUCAUCGAUACGACUGCGCGCGCGCAUCCUACCGAUAUCGCGACUACAAUCGUUCAUACGCGCGCCAAAUCUGCCCAGUCUGUCGCGGCGAAUGACACUGAGGAGCCAGCUAUCCCCGCAAUCGAUGCUCUUGAUGACCCGUUUGGCGAUGACUGGCUUGAUGAUGACGCCGGCAUACUCGCAGGAGAAGCCAAAGACGCCAUUGACGACGAGAGUAUUGCUUUACCACCGCCUUUAGUCAGCAAAUACGGUCAACGUGCUUCUGCCGGCACUACUUUCCGCGGACAGCAAGGUCAACACAGAUUCCAGCCCGGCGCAACGUCUGAACGCGACGGAAGACGAUACCUUGCCUUCAAUGACAUUGGCUUGAUCCAUACUGUCGCAAGAACAGGCUACAACUUUAUCACUGUUGAUUUCCAUGAUCGAUCCACUCAUUCUGGCUAUCAAAUCAGCGAUCACGACCGAUUCGACAUGGCUUGUCUCGGCUCAAACGGCGCUGUGUUUGCCUCGACAGGACAGAACGGGUUGCUCUCGUCAAUUUACUAUCGGCCGUAUGCAGGAUGGCAUCAGACAGCGGAGUGGAAGUUUCAGCUGAGCAAGAACGAGAAUGCUAUAGGCCUUGCUAUAGGCGGCCUCGCAUUACCGCAAACCGACGACAUCAGUCUAGCAGGCGCAGGAACAAUCGUGCUUGCUACUGACAAGGGCUACCUGCGCUUCUUCACUUCCAGCGGCAUACAAAAAUACAUUUGGUCUUUUGCAGGUGACAUCGUGACGAUGGCAGGCGGCGCAGAAGCGGUCAUUGUCGUUCAUCGCACGAGCGAUAUGUCACUCGGAGGCCAGCAAGGUCUGCUGUAUACCCUCAUCGACUUAGACACUCUAGAGGUCUUCCAGUCGGGCGCGUUGCCUGUCGCGGCAGGACAGGAGCUACGCUGGGCAGGAUUUAGCGACGAUCAUUUGCCUGCUAUAUAUACUUCUGAUGGCAUCAUGCACGUCCUUGAUAAGGUCCGAAGGCCGCGUCAAGCGCGAUGGACACCGGUAUUCGAUAUCGCGAGAGACGAAGCAUGUCAAGCUGGCAAAUACAGGUUAUGGCCGGUUUCGAUCGCCUCAAAACAGAUGAUGGCCGUGGCGCUCAAGGGCUCUCAAGAGCAACCCUACUUUCCAACUCCGCUGACGAUCGACGUCCAGCUCGAGAUGCCAUUGCUGCAUCUUGAAGCAGGCGAAGAAUCUGCACAAUUGGAAGCACAACAUCUGCUCAACAGCCUUAUACUCUCUAAUCGGCUCGAUGCUAUCACUGCAGACGAAGCCGAGGUCGACUCUGAGCUCGCUGCGAUAAAGACAGAGAUGGAUUUGGCAGUCAUCAAAGGCUUGCAAGCAGUCUGCAAAGCUGACAAGCUGCAGAAAGCGCUUGAUAUGGCCUCAAGUAUCAUCGAACCAAGCAACCUUGGCGUCAUCAAGCGGCUCGCAGCAUUCUAUUCAUUGCAAGGCUUGUCGGAUCGCCUCGAAGCUCUCGAAGAAGCUCGUCUUGACAACCCUGAUGACAGGCUCAUGUCGGAUAGACGCCCACCAAAAUGGGCUGGGCUCGAGGAUGAUCGCACACUGACUGCAGGCAAGCUCAACGGUCAUUCCCAUCAAUCUCAACGAGCCAAUAACCCACUUGCUUCGGACUUUCAGCCAUCUGGUAAACGGCAGCGUAACGCUGAGCGGGUCUUUCCCCGACAACAGUCGCCCACAGACGAGGUCAUGCAGCUCGAUGACGUACGAGAGGACGAGAUCUCACCCGCUCCUGAGUUGCUGUCCACGGCAGAUGUCGUCGAGCGACCUAGGAAGCAGAACAACCCAUUUGCAAAAAGCAAUCACAACGCCUUGACACCCUCAUCGAGUGCAGCGUCAACCAAUCCUUUCUUGAAAAAGAAGGGCGAAGCGAAGCACCUGCAAAAGUCGGGCUCUUUCUACGAUCGCAUCGAUACAGCAAAGGCAGAAGGUGUACAGACUACCUUAUUCGGCAAGGCGCCGCCUGCAGCCAGCAAAAAGGAUGAUGCGAAGAAGCCAAGCAAGAAGCGCAAAUCCGAUGCUAUCAAUGGUGACUCGGCCAGGCCUGCUUCGAUCUCGAGCUUCUUUGCCGGCGAUGCAGCAAAGACAAAGCGAGCUGCCAGCAAUGAAUCGCGGCGAGAUGAUGACGCCCGAUCACCGAGCAUAGAGACCUCCCCUGUGCCAUCACGUGUGCUUGCAGAGCUCGACAACGAAUCGAUGAGGCCACUAGACACGGAGCCUACUGCCUCGGAGAAGCUCGCUGCUUUUGUACAUUGUCCCAGCACAGAAUCGACAGUUGUAUAG